AUGUCUUCUGAAUCUGCAGAAGGUGUCAAAUCACCCGCACAAAGUGUCGGUCCUGAUUACCGCCCCGAGAAACCUGUUGCAACCGUUUCAACUCCAGUUUCCUUUGAGAAUGUUCACACAUUACCUCAAACCCCGCAGCUUAUUGCUCUUCUCACCAUGAUCCGAGACAAGAACACGCAGCGAGCCGAUUUCAUAUUUUACUCAAACCGAAUCAUUCGUUUACUGGUUGAGGAAGGUCUCAACCAUUUACCAGUGGUAGAGCACACGAUCACUACCCCAGUUGGUCGAACAUAUGCAGGAGUCCAAUUCCAAGGAAAAAUAUGCGGUGUUUCCAUCAUGAGAGCUGGUGAAGCUAUGGAGCAGGGACUACGGGAUUGCUGUCGUUCCGUGCGAAUUGGUAAAAUAUUGAUACAAAGAGAUGAGGAAACUUCGUUGCCUAAGCUCUUCUAUGAUAAACUUCCAGAAGAUAUUGCACAACGUUGGGUAUUGCUUCUUGAUCCAAUGUUCGCUACAGGAGGAUCUGCAUCAAUGGCAGUAGACGUUUUGAUUUCUCGAGGAGUUCCAGCAGAAAGAAUUCUGUUCUUGAACUUGAUAGCAAGCCCAGAAGGCAUCGAGUCCUUCGCUAAGAAGUACCAGAAGGUUAGAGUGGUAACAGCAUUUAUUGAUCAGGGUCUCGACGAAAAGAAUUAUAUCGUCCCUGGCCUUGGUGAUUUUGGCGAUAGAUUCUAUACCAUGUAGAAGAUCUGGGUUUCAAUGUCUCCUUAAUAUUUUAGCUAUCUACCAAAAGAAGAAGAAAAAAAUAAAUAACAAUAUCCGUUGGUGUAUCC